AUGGCAAAUCAUGGAAAACUAGAAGAAUAUGACUCACAAGAGGAAUGGAGUCAGUAUAUUGAGCGGUUGGAAUUUUAUUUCGAAGUAAAUGGCGUGGACGACGAAGAUAAACAACGAGCGAUAUUAUUAAGUGUUUGUGGUAGCAAGACAUAUAAGUUGAUUCGGAACUUAACCACGCCGAAUAAACCGUCAGAGAAGACGUUUGCAGAGCUAGUAGAACGUGUACAACAACAUCAACACCCAAAACCGUCGGCAAUAGUGCAACGAUUCAAGUUUAAUACUUGGUUCAGGAAACCUGGUGAGUCAAUUGCUUCGUAUGUAGCUGAAUUAAGAAGUCUUUCAGAACAUUGUGAUUUCAAGAGUACCUUAGAAGAGAUGUUACGUGAUCGGUUGGUGUGUGGAAUAAAUGACGAACAGAUUCAGCGUAGAUUGUUAGCAGAAAGUUCUCUCGACUUUAAGAAAGCCAUGAAAAUAGCUACAUCAAUGGAGACUGCAGUAAAGAAUUCACGAUAUUUGACACAUCAGAUGGCCAAUGCAAAUAUAAAUACUGAGAAACCUGCAACAUUACACCGUGUGGACAACCAACGACAAGGAAACCAACCAUGGUCAAAGCCUGAAUGUGGUCGGUGUGGGGGUAAACAUGACCCGCAACAAUGCAAAUUUCGCGAUGCUGAGUGUUUCCUGUGCCACAAGAAAGGACACAUAGCAAGAAAAUGUCGAAGCAACACUAAGGCGACUGGGAAAAAUCAACGAAACGACAACCCUAACUCAGGCACUAGCAGCAACUAUUUAAACAUGAAGAAUGACGAGAUCGAAGAGGAAGACGACAACUAUGGGAUUUAUAGUCUGGACAAAGGGCAAACUGAGCCAUAUGUUGUUGAUGUACUGGUGAGCAAUGAAAUUCUAAAGAUGGAAGUAGAUACUGGUGCUGCAGUUAGUGUAAUGAAUGAGGAUACAUAUACAUUAUUGAAGAAAAAACACCCAAUCCUAGAGCUGAAGGAAUCAAAGGUCAGACUAAAUACCUUUAGUAUAAUUACAUAGGUGAUUAUUGAAAAUUCUCCACGCUGAUUGGUUGCCGUUGAGGUGAUUAUUACGCGAUAAUCACCUGAGCGAUUUUCAAAAUGGCGGUCGAAGCCGUUUUGUCAAUUAAAUGACGAAGAAAUGUGCAUUUUAAAAUUUGUUUCCAAAUAAUCACCUAUGAAAUUAUACUAAAACAAUUAUUCACCUCAGGCUCGGUGAUUAUCGUAAAUAAAAACCUCGACUUCGUCCCGGUUUUUAUUCACCGAUAAUCACCUCGCCUUCGGCGAAUAAUUGUUAAUUAGUAUAAUUACAUAGGUGAUUAUUGAAAAUUCUCCACGCCGAUUGGUUGCCGUUGAGGUGAUUAUUACGCGAUAAUCACCUAAGCGAUUUUCAAAAUGGCGGCCGAAGCCGUUUUGUCAAUUAAAUGACGAAGAAAUGUGCAUUUUUAAUUUUUUUUCCAAAUAAUCACCUAUGAAAUUAUACUAAAACAAUUAUUCACCUCAGGCUCGGUGAUUAUCGUGAAUAAAAACCUCGACUUCGUCUCGGUUUUUAUUCACCGAUAAUCACCUCGCCUUCGGCGAAUAACUGUUAAAUACGGGAGAGCAAGUUAAAGUUUUGGGUCAGCUGAAGACUUCGGAGAAGUAUGAAGAUCAAGAAGGCGUAUGGCCUUUACUAGUCAUAACGGGGAAGGGCCCUAACUUGAUUGGCAAAAAUUGGCUCCAAAAGAUUAAAAUAAAUUGGAAGAAUUUAUUUCAGUUAAAAGAGGACAAGAAUACCUCAGUCAAAGUUAAUAAGUUACUUGAGAAGUAUGAGAACGUGUUUCAUGAAGAGUUAGGAACAUUUUCUGGUCCCAAAGCCAAAAUAUAUGUGGCUGAGGAUGCAAGUCCAAAGUAUUACAAGGCAAGACCUGUUCCCUAUGCAUUGAGGGAAAAAGUAGAAAAGGAGUUAGAAAGAUUGCAAGAAGAGGGAACUAUAGAGCCUGUCCAGUUUGCACAUUGGGCAGCGCCAAUCGUACCAAUCGUUAAGGAUGAUAAGUCGAUAAGAAUUUGUGGGGAUUAUAAAGUAACUGUCAACCAAGCUGCAAAGUUAGACAAUUACCCGAUUCCCAAGGCAGAAGAUCUUUUUGCCACUUUAAGUGGUGGAGAGAAAUUCACCAAGCUGGAUAUGAGUCAAGCCUAUCAACAAAUCUUAUUGCAGGAUGAAUAA